AUUAAUUUUAAAAUUAUUGAUUUCAUUUGACAUGUUCAUCAUUUUAUGCAAUUCAAAGAUGUUGAUGGAAACCUUUUUUUCGGGGCGUCGACCAGACAAACUCGGUACGCGGACCGCCGGAGAGGACCGCAGAGAGGACCACCGAAGAGGAACGCGGAGGGGACCGCAGGAGAGGACCGCGGAGAGGACUGCCGGAGAGAGGCUCGCCACCACCGUCCGUGGUUGUUCGCUGCUGCCCGGCCAGGGUUCACCGGAGUGGACCACUACUAGUGGUAUGGCUCGCCGCUGGAUCCCGCCGGAGGUGAAGCUAGAGGGCUCGCCGAUCUGGGAGGAGGCUCACCGUCCCUGGUGGAGGGUACUGCCAGCGGCCCUGUCGCUUGCUCGCUGCUCGCCGGAAAGAUCCGCGUUGUUCUUCAGGAUUCAAUGUCUUCGAGCCUCUUCUUUACUGGAUCUGGGCGGCCAAGAAAAUGCAGCAAACUACAAGGUACGGGCAGAGUAUAUUUUUCUCUCUCUUCCUUUUGUUUGACUUUUCUCCACUUCCAAUCCCUCUCCUCC